UUCGUGUGGUGUUGCCGCUUUAAACCGGCGCUGGUGGGGCCCACCCUGAGCGAGGCCACGCCCACUAGGCCCCCGUUAAAGUAAACAGAGGGGCGUGGCCAGGUGGGUCGCGCUCUCCUCGAGGCCACGCCCAUCGCCCCCCUCUUAAAGCGGCCGCGCCCAGGGACAUCGCGGGACCGGAACCGUUACGCAGCAGAGCUCCCUGAUUGCCGCUUUCCCCGGCAGCGUCACCGGAGCCGUUUCCCGGUACCCGGUGCCCGCCCCAGCCGCGCUCUCCCCUCCCGCUGCCGCCGCCGCGAUGCUGCUGCUCCGGGCCAUGGCCGGCCGCAGGCUCCCGCCGCUGAUGCAGCUGCCCCGCGGCUGCUCCCGGUUGGCCGCCGGUAGCGCGGCCCCGGGGGGACACCGGGAAGCGACAUCCGGGGGGGGACACCGGGAAGCGACAUCCGGGGGGGGACACCGAGGAGCGGCCCCGGGGGGACACCGAGGAGCGGCCCCGGUGCUGGCGGCGCUGCUCGGGCUCGGGGUCGUCCUGGCCUACGGAGAGCGGCGGCGGAGGACCGCCCAGGCCGCCCGGGCCAGCCCCGCGCCGCAGUUCCCCCGGUACACGCGGGCGGAGGUGGCGCAGCACCGCACCCCGAAGGAGCGCGUGUGGGUCACCUACGGCACCGACGUGUUCGACGUUACCGAAUUCGUGGAGAUGCACCCGGGGGGACCGGACAAGAUCCUGCUGGCGGCCGGGGGAGCCCUGGAGCCCUUCUGGGCUCUCUACGCCGUUCACAGCCAGCCCCACGUCCUGGAGCUGCUCCGCGAAUACAAAGUGGGCGAGCUGAGCCCCGAGGACGCGGCGCCGCCACCGGGGGACACCGCGGACCCGUUCGCCGGGGACCCCCCGCGCCACCCGGCGCUGCGGGUGAACAGCCUGAAGCCUUUUAACGCCGAGCCGCCGCCGGAGCUGCUCACGCAGAGCUUCCUGACGCCCAACGAGCUUUUCUUCACCCGCAACCACCUCCCGGUGCCCGCCGUGGAGCCGGGCUCCUACCGGCUGCGCGUGGAGGGGCCCGGUGGCCGCGCGUUGUCGCUGUCGCUGUCGGAGCUGCGGCAGCGCUUCCCGAAGCACGAGGUGACGGCCACGCUGCAGUGCGCCGGGAACCGGAGAUCCGAGAUGAGCCGCGUCCGGCCGGUCAAGGGGCUGGCGUGGGACAUCGGUGCCAUCAGCACGGCGCGCUGGGGAGGAGCCCGGCUCCGGGACGUGCUGCUGGCCGCCGGUGUCCGCGACAGCACCGGCGACGGCGAGUGGCACGUGUGCUUCGAAGGGCUGGACGCGGACGCUUCGGGGACGCCGUACGGAGCGUCCAUCCCGUUAAAACGGGCGCUGAGCGCCGAGGCCGAGGUGCUGCUGGCGUACGAGAUGAACGGGCGGGAGCUGCCGCGGGAUCACGGCUUCCCGGUGCGCGUGGUGGUGCCCGGCGUGGUCGGGGCGCGCAGCGUGAAGUGGCUGCGGAGCGUGGCGGUGUCGCCCUCCGAGAGCCCGAGCCACUGGCAGCAGAACGACUACAAAGGGUUCUGUCCGUCCGUGGAUUGGGAUUCCGUGGAUUUCGGGGCCGCCCCCGCCAUCCAGGAGCUGCCGGUGCAGUCGGCGAUCACCGAGCCCCGGCCCGGCGCCGCCGUGCCCGCCGGGGAGCUGACGGUGAAGGGAUACGCGUGGAGCGGAGGAGGAAGGGAGGUGGUCAGGGUGGACGUGUCCCUGGACGGGGGCCGGACGUGGCGCGAGGCCGAGCUGGGCCCGCGGCCGGAGCGGGGCCGGGGCUGGGCCUGGGCGCUGUGGGAGCUGCGGGCGCCGGUGCCCGCGGGGGCCAGGCUGGAGCUCGUCUGCAAGGCCGUGGACCGGAGCUACAACGUCCAACCCGACACCGUGGGGCCCAUCUGGAACCUGCGCGGGGUCCUCAGCAACGCCUGGCACCGCGUCCCCGUCACCGUCACCAAGUGAGGGACAGGGCCUGGGGACAUUGGGGUAUUGGGGCUUUGGGGAUGUCAGGGACACAGCAGGGACAUCAGAGGGACAAUGUCCAACUGGACACCGUGGGGCCCAUCUGGAACCUGCGCGGGGUCAUCAGCAACGCCUGGCACCGCGUCCCCGUCACCGUCACCAAGUGAGGGACAGGGCCUGGGGACAUUGGGGUGCUGAGGACAUUGGGGUGCUGGGGACAUUGGGGAUGUCAGGGACACAGCAGGGACAUUGGGGACAUCAGAGGUACAACGUCCAGCCUGACACUGUGGGGCCCAUCUGGAACCCGCACGGGGUCCUCAGCAACGCCUGGCACCUGUCACUGUCACCGUCACCAAGUGAGGGACAUCAGCAGGGCCUGGGGACAUUGGGGACAUCAGGGACAUUGGGGACAUCAGGGACAUCAGAGGUACGACCGGACACCGUGGGGCCCAUCUGGAACCUGCGCGGGGUCCUCAGCAACACCUGGGACCGUGUCCCUGUCACUGUCACCCACUGAGGGACACCAGCAGGGCCUUGGGGACAUUGGGAUGUUGGGACUUUGGGGACAUCAGGGACACAGCAGGGACACCAGGGACAUCAGAGGUACGACGUCCAGCCUGACACCGUGGGGACAUCUGGAACCUGCGCGGGGUCCUCAGCAAGGCCUGGCACCAGGUCCCUGUCACUGUCACCCACUGAGGGACAGUGGGGACAUCGAGGACAUCAGGACAUCGUGGACACAGCAGGGUCCUGAGCAAGGCCUGGCACUGGGUCAGUGUCACUGUCACCCACUGAGGGACAUCCUUGGGGACAUCAAGGGUCCCUGGAGAUCAAUGGGGUCUGUGGAUCCUGAAGGGUUCCAUGGCCCCAGAGAGUCCUGCAGACCCCAAAGUGUCUUAGGAACCCCAAAAUGUCCUACAGACCCCAAAUCAUCCUACAGACCCCAAAGUGUCCUACAGACCCCAAAGUGUCUUAGGGACCCCAAUGGGUCCUACAGAACCCAGAGUCCUACAGACCCCAAAAUGUCCUACAGACCCCAGAGAAUCCUAUGGACCCCAAUGGGUCCUACAGAACCCAAAGCAUCCUACAGACCCCAAAAUGUCCUGCAGACCCCAAAUCAUCCUACAGACCCCAAUGGGUUCUGCAGGCCCCAGCUUCUAUUGACCCCAGAAGGUUCCGCAGACCCCAAAAGGACUUUAUGGCCCCUCAAAGGAUUUUAUGGCCCCUCAAAGGAUUUUAUGGACCCCAAAAGAUUUUAUGGACCCCAAAAGAUUUUAUGGACACCCCCAAAGAUUUUAUGGACUCCAAAGGACUUUAUGGACCCCAAAAGGUUCUGGUGACCCCAAAGAUUUCUCCGGCCCCGAAGGAUUCUGCAGGUUCCUGCAGCCCCACAGCUCGAAGGUCAGCGGGGUUUUAUGGCCCUGGGGUUUUAUGGCCCUGGGGUUUUAUGGCCCCCACGCUUUUAUGGCCUCAGGGUUUUAUGGCCCCAGGGUUUUAUGGCCCUGGUUUUACACCCUGAUGUGUGAAAGUGCCUCCUGCCAUAAAGAUUUGGGAACUUU